UAGAGCAGAGAAAAUGACGCCGCACCACUGUGAAUGUCCAAAAGCUCGAGAAAAAGCAAAAGAGAGCAAAAAUGUCGAAGCUCGGUUUUCUCCGCGCCGUAAUCACGUCAAACCUCGCCGUACGUAGGGCCGUGCCGCAGAACCGCGGCCUCUCUAUGCUUCUCGGCGAACCGGGGAGACGAUUCUCAACAAAAGCCGAAAACCCGCCUCAGAACUCCCUGCCGUCUGAUCAGCCGCAUGAUGCUUCACCAAUCGAACCUUUUCUCCAAACCCCAACCACAGGUUUGGUGUAUGGGAAGCUGCUUGGAAUCUCGAGGUAUAUGCUGAAGACUGAUGUGGUGAAUAAGCUGGAGGGUUGUAAUUUGAGCCUGGAGGAUGUCAAAGUUGAUUAAAAUCGGGCCUUCAUGCCGAUGGGAAUGUAAA